AAAAAUGCAGGACCAACGGUCAGAUGCUUUGCGUCGCCGGUUGGAUGAGGUUCUGCGGAAGAUCCUGGGAUCUGUUACUGAGAACCACUGGGCAACUAGGCAAACCAAGCACAACCAAAGUUCGGGAGAAACUGUGCGACUGGCUCGAUGCUCGUGUGGGAGCCAACUACCCAAAAACCUCGGCCGGAGUUCGAAGACCGGAGUUGUCGAGCAGCCAUGGGCCACUUUGCCAGUUUGCCAGCCAGUUUGGAAUACCACCGAAAACAAACCCAAAAUGGAAAUUUCACAGCGAGCACGAGCACAACGCACAUAGUACAAGCAAAGUUUGGGCUGCAGUUUUUCGACGGCCAGCGACAGGAGGGGUUAAACGGGGUUACCAACGGGUUAAGCAGGGUGUUAUGGGUGCUACGGGCCCGCCCAAUGGGGUGGGUUUUUGGCCAACAUCUCUCCACGGUCAGGACGACGAAAGGCAAGAACGGAGAACGGAGAACGUAGAACUGGGAACAGGCCGAUAAACAAACGCGAGAGGCCAACCCCUUGGCGAAGGAUACAGUGGGUUAAGUUCGAAGCAGCAUGUCCCAAUUAAUGAGUUUAUUGCCAAACAGGGAUCAUAAUUUUAGAAAUAUUUCAUAUUUUAUUAUUCUUCAUUCUUUUCAUUAAUUUUUUAUUAAAAAUAUAGGCUUUAUUAAUUGAGAUGGUUUCAAUAAUAGCCGCGGA